UCUUCCCAUGAUGCAUUGAGUGCAAGAUAAGAAAAUGGCGUCGGGCAUGUGUUGAAGGAGAGUCAGUCGAAAGAGAAAGUGAUGUCUUUGUUUUGUCAACAUGAAUCUCUCAGAGUUCUGCCAUGUAUGUGCGGCAGCUGGGAAAUCCAACCGACUGCGAGUGUAUCAAAUAAACUUUGAUGAGGCUGUGCGAUUUUGUGAGGAUGACAAGUGUACCUACCCUAUUGGCCAGUCCUCCCCAGGGAGUAUUAUUGUCAACAGAAAGUACACCGAAAUAUCACCAAGAAAAAGAACUCCUUCCCAAACACCACAGAGAGCACAACCUGUCACUGCCAGUACGAAACACAGAGAUGUCAUUCCCUGCUCAGCAAAUGUAAGGAAAAUACUUACUUCUUCAACCAAGCCUUCAACUGUAGAAAAACCUCAUACACCAUAUAUACCAGGAAAAUUAGGGAAAAAUGAGGAGAAGUUUACAAGUAAUGGAGCAACUGUUUGCAAGGAGGCCAGGAGUAUCAAAACCAAAACACUUUUAUUCCCACAGUGGCAGAAUAAAGAGGCAUUAUGCUGGCUUGACGUAGUAAUGUGUUUAUUUGUUCAUUGUAAAAAGCUUCAAGAGCAUGUGAAAUCUUUUAAUAACGAUACAGACAAAUCAGUACUCACUACCCUACUCACUGCAUACAACCAGGCCUGCAACAUUCUUAAUGCCUCACAGGAAUCAAUCCCAUCUGUAAGAAAGCAACCCAUCUCUUUGAUGGACCGUAAAGUUCAACCAAUGCCUGGACAGGAUUUAUCUGCAGUACCAAAAUCAUCUGACAUUGUUAACGAGUUCCAGCAUCUUUCUGUGAUUGAUAACGGCAUAAAAACAGGUGCAGGGAUGAAACUCUGUUCAGAGCUUGUUUCAGAACAUUAUCCUGUUGAAGAUCGAUAUCAUAAUGCAUUUUGCAUUUUACAAAAUGUUCGAGAGGCUGUUUUCCAGAAGCUCCAACCAAGUUUGCAGUGUGAGAAGGGUAAAAAUGACAGCCCUUUGUUUGCCAUUCCUCUAUUGAUAAAGGGAGACUUUGAUGCCCAGAAGCUGAUGAUGAUGAAGUACAGGUUUGAUUUUCACUGUAGGGCUUGUGGGUAUGAACAGAGUGACUCAUAUCAACAGGUACUUCCUACCAUUCCUAAACCUCCGGAGAACAUAGAAUCCGCAGAACCGAGUGUGGAACGAUCCUGCUUCAAAUGUAGGGCACCAUGGCAACAACGCAAAAUGGUAUUUGAAGAGUUAUCAGAUGUAGUCAUCCUCCAUUUUGUAGAGGGUCUCAGAAGUAACAGUCUGGAGAAGUUGACUUUUUCCUUUGGAGGGAAACUUUACAAAGUGAGGGGCCUGAUCCAAUACCUUAAUAACCCUGAUCAUUUUGUUACCUGGAUAUAUGACAGUCAAGAGUCACUUUGGAUGGAAUGCGAUGAUUUAAAAUCUCCAGUUUGUCAAUUCCAUAAACGUCCCUUCAGCGUUCCUGCAGAACAAAUUCACAUGGUCCUGUGGGAAAGCUCCCUCCAGAUGGACACAGAUAAGACUUUCAGCAAUAAAACAAAACAGAGGAUGAAGCUUUCAGAAAAACAGCCAGCUGAAAUUGGAGAAAAACAUAAGGAAGAGGAUUGUCAGCAUAUAUCUGGUAGGAAGUCUCUCACAGCCAAUAUAGCAGCUUCGCAGAUGAAGGAUAAAGAGAAGUCGGCAGAUGCUGGUUCUAGGGGCACUACAGAGAAGUUUUUAUCCCCAGCAGCUCUGAAGCCUUACAUGAUGGUCAAAUUGACCAAUACUGGACAAAUAGUUCAGGUGCCAUCUGAGGUCAAAGGUCAACAACUCCAGUCACCUGGUUUAUUGUCAAACACUGGGAAAUUCUCUAGAAACAAUUGCAAAAGUGGCAGUGAGAUAUCUAAUGUUUGUAACCAAGCUACCAUGCAAAACCAAACUGAAAUGAAAACUCAGCCACCAGCUUUAUCCAGAUCUACAAGUGUGUAUACACCAGCCUUUCUAAAGUCACUGAUUCAAAGGAAAUCCAAAAACUCUCUAGUCUUACAAGCAGAAAAGAGGACAGGAAAAUCCAUUUCUGCUGUAUGUGGUGCUAAUAAUAUGACUAAGCCUACUGGAUCCAAUAGGUCAAACUUUAGAACUCCAUUCAUAGGGAAAAAGAAAUUUGAGGGCUAUUUUUCCACCAAGAAUUUAAAGUCUGAUAUGUCCCAAUCUUCUAGACUUGUGAGAAGUGCUAGCGUUUAUUCAAUGUCGGGAGAUUCCUCUCGCCCCAACAGCCCAGCUUUAAGUUCCUACAGUGAUACGUUUACAAUACAGAAGCGGAAGUUGAAGGCAGUGGCAGAAAAAAACACCAAGCGAAGGAAAUCCAUGUGCAGCGACUCCAGUGUCAGUUCUCCGGAGUCCUUACCUCAGAAAGAAAUGAUGGAUGUGCAAGCUUCUGAAGGAUGUGAUGUUCUUCAAAGUCUCUACAGUGCUUUAAAUCUUACAAUGCCUGAAAGUUUAGAGUUACCGAGGGGCACAAAUAGUACAAAGACCUCCAGCUUAGAUCUAAAUGAGGAUGAAUUAAUCCCAGACGUCCAGGAUUUAGCCGAUUUUAUUACCAAUCCUGAAAAUGAGGCUUCAUCUAGUUUAGAUGAAUUUUUGGCUCAAUUGUGAAAUUCAGUCUAAAAAAAUUUUCCAUUUAAAAAAGCCAAGAGUUUUGGUUAUGAUUUGGUGAAUUAUUGCUUUCAUUGAUCAUUUUUGAUGUGCAUUUAGCAUGUUUAAGAACUUAUUGUUUUCCUUCACUAAAAUUUUUAUGAUGAGAUGGCAACAGUUGUGGAUGAAUGAUAAUAUAAUUAUUUUUCUUAUUUGCUCAUACAUUAAUAAUGUCAUAAAGAUGUGUGUGAUAUACAGAGUGAUUGAUCCGAGACCACAAAUGUGUUCUUUAAAGUUCUAUACAUAUAUUUUGUACCAUUGUUAAUUUACACUUGUUAUCUAUACCUUUUGUUUAAAUAUUACAAUUUGUUUUCCAGAAAAAACCCAACAUGCAGUAGUUUUCUUUUAUAUUUUUGAGAAACAAAAUAUGAUUUUGAAAUGAGACGGUAGAAAUUUCUACUAAAGAUUUAUUUGCAUAGAUUUUUAGCAUACUCAUUUUAAGUCAAAUUAUAGUCUGUCUUUAUCAACACCAUGUAAUAUAAAAAUAUAAUUUGUUAAGUCAAGCAUUUAAAGAGCGAAAGAUUAUCUUAUCAGAAUCAAACUCUGUAAUAGGUCAAGGUAUGGUCUCUCACAAUCACACAUUUUUAUGGGUUGAAUACUUGUCUGUCUGAACAUGAUGAAUCAAACUGUUAUAGAUGACAUUUGUUUUGUCUGUCUGUUUUAUUUUUGAUUGUGGUUAAGGUCAUUUUUGUAUUGCGUGAGAAGGUCUAAUUCAAUAUUGUCUGUCAGUCUGUUGUUUUAAGGUCAAUUAUUGUUAGUAAUAUUUAUAAAUGAGGUCAUUACUUUCUCUAGAAUUCACUGGAGAGACACUUAUGUUUUUUGAUAUUUUGUAAAUAAUUGGUUUGAAAGAAACUGGAUUAUUUAAACCAAACUUAUCUGAAUGAUUGUGUGAAAGAAAAAUUGGAAAUGUUCGUCAUUUGCAAUAGUGACUCCCCAGAAAAAAUACGACCAGAAACGGGAAAAAAACUUUCUGUCGUCGUGAUGUCCGUAGUUAGCAUAAGAGUGGUGAACAAUGUCCGUUAUUAAAAAAAGGGAAACAUUGAAGUCUGUCAUCAAAAAAUGGUACUCGGUGAUGUCCGUCGUCAAAAAAAGGAAUAAAUCGAAGUCUGUCAUCCAAAAAUGGUGUUAUUUGAUGUCCGUCGUCAAAAAAGGAAUAAAAGGAAGUUUGUCAUUCAAAAAUGGUGUUAUAUGAUGUCCGUCGUCAAAAAAGGAAUAAAUCGAAGUCUGUCAUCCAAAAAUGGUGUUAUAUGAUGUCCGUCGUCAAAAAAGGAAUAAAUCGAAGUCUGUCAUCCAAAAAUGGUGUUGUAUGAUGUCUGUCGUCAAGAAAAGAGGUUUAAUUUUGUCUGUCGUCAAGAAAAGGUUGGGUAGAGAACGGUGGAAGGCCCAAUCAAUGAGACAAAUAAGAUUUGUAGAGGAGGCUGCCACUGUUGAAAAGAUUGGCUUGUAAACAGCUGAGAGCUUGGAAGAGCUUUUCAUCAAUCUACACAUUCCUGAUGCUUGCAAUUACAGAAAAGAAAAUCUGCCUUGUGUAAUGUGCGAUCUAGGUGUAAUAUUCAAUAUUGCAACAAAGGAAUUCUACAGUGAACUUGUCAAAAGAAUUAUCUGUGGUUUUUAACAUGCAAAAUGAAGGUCUGUCAUGAUAUAAUAAGAACCGAUAACAAUUAAAAAAACCCAGAUGUGUUGCAGGUAUAACCUCUUUGUGAAAGUAGAAACGAAAGUGAACCAAACUUAAGACAUGGAAGAGAUAUCAUUUAUGUUCAUUUGCUUAAUUGUAAUAAAAUUCAUUUUUCUUCAUG